AUGUCAUUCAAUUCUAACGCAUCUAAAUACCAAGCAGAAAAUACUGUGGAUAAAUUAUUUUCAAAUAUACUACAUACUUCCACGACUUCUAAGUCAGUUUCAAAGUCUAAAUCAAAAUCAAAAUCAAAACCAAAACCAAUCUCAUCAACUCAAUUACUUGUGAAUCAACUACAAUCAACAAAUACUACUGCCAACAAUAAUAACACUAAAAGGAAAAAACAUAAUAAUAAUAAACGAAUCAAUAAAACAUUAUUAGAAGAGAAAAAAUUUUCAAAAUUUAUUAAAUAUAAUCAUAUUAAACAAAAAUCAAAUAAAUCAGAAUUAGAUGAAAAAUAUUUAAAUAAAUUAGUUCGGAAAAAUAUCAAUUCAUUAAAUAAAAUUAAUAAAAUUGAUGAUUUAUUAAUUGAUGAAGAAUUAAAUCAAAUUAAACAAGAAUUGUUAGAAGAAAAUGAAUUUGUUGGUAUGGGUGGUGGUCAACUUAAAGGAGGUAAACGAUUACGUAAAAAAUUGUUAAAUAAUACUAAGCAAGUUAUUGAUGAAUUUGAUGGAUUUGGAGAGAUAAGCAGUAGCAACAACAACAAUAAGAAGAAGAAUAGCUCAUAUCCUGGAUUAACUCCUGGAUUGGCACCAGUUGAUUAUGAAGAAGAAGAUAAUGAAUAA